AUGAAGUUUGGCCUUCAAAUUGUUACUCUUUUUGCCGUAUUGUGCAUAUUAUUCUUUAAGCCCAGUAACUCAGUGGUCUUCAAAUUUACAAAUGUCAAUUGCGGCAGUUACAAUAAAACCUGGAUAAGGAUUAAUCAUUGUCGGUUGAAGGCGAUUAAUCGUCACAAGACUGUGUUCAAUUUCAAUGCAACAUUUCUCCAUCCAACUAGAGAUAUUAUUGUUCACUAUCAAUUGUUCAAAAGGGCGAGUGGCUAUAAGCCUUGGCUCUUCAAUGUUAGGAUCGACGGUUGUAAAUAUCUGCGUAGGCCCUAUAAUGCCAUUGCAAUAUUUCUUUUUAGUAUUUAUAAGGACUUUUCCAACAUCAAUCACACCUGCCCGUUGUAUGGCGACAUUGUCAUAAAGGAUAUGUAUUUGAGCACGGAUGUUAUGCGACUUCCUUUACCUACUGGCGAUUAUUUAUUGGCUGUAGAUUGGAUAUUUUACGGAAAACCUCAGUUAGCCACCAAUGUUAGUUUUCAAUUCGUUGAAGAUCUAGUGUGA